AUGGCUGAGACUUUGGUGAAUAAUUGUCAACAGAUAAACAAUGAAAAUUCACUAGCUUUUAUCUACGAGUGUUGCCAUCUUCACGUUGAGGUCGGAAACUUUUCAGACCAUUCUCGUACCUCAAUCAGUCAGUUAAGUGUUCAUUUUCAGAUGGAUUACCUUAGAGCUGCUACUAACUUAGAUAUAUUAUUAAGCCGAUCCGUCAUAAUUAUGGAUAAAGCCGAGGAGCUCCGAAAUAUGGAGAGUAAUUCAUUGCCAGGCUUUUUAAGGUUACAAGAGUUAACGGGCGUUUCAGUUUCGGUAAUUUUUCUCUCGGAGAUCCUGUUCGAGAAAUAUUACUUUAGGUUAAACAUCGUCGAACCUAUUAAGAUCCAUUUUCCGCAGUAUAACAAGGACGAGCUGCUGGAAAUUAUUUCGUUAGAUUUCAAUCUUGUUCGGGAAUUAGUAUCUAAUAACUUUAACCAACUGAUCAAAUUCGGCAAAGACUUCUUCAGAAAUUACUUGAACGUUUUUCUGUCGGUGUUCUAUAGGGCGUGCAGGGAUCUCAGUGAAUUGAGACACACGGGCAGAAGUAAUUUUAUUAAAUACUGCGAACCGAUUGCCCGCAAUGAAAUAAGUAUGAAAAACUCUAUGGCACUAUGGAAAAAUAUCUCUCCCAUUUUGAAAAGCUCUUUAGAAGUACUUUAUUUGCGAGUAUCAACAGAUGACAGUAAAAGACCGUUAGAAAAUUUAGCUGAAAAUAUUGAACUUCCAUUUUACUCCAAAUACUUGUUGAUAGCGGCAUAUUUAGCAAGCUAUAGCUCGGUGAAAGAUGAUAAGAGACUUUUCAUGAAAUACCAUGGAAAAAAGACAAAAUCUCAGCACGAUAUCAAACGGAAAAGCAAAGUUUCCGAGAACCGGAUUUGCACCGUCUGGAUUUUAACGUUUUAA